CAGGACGGUAUAACAUCGUUGUGUCCAGCUUGCGUACAUCACACUGAAACACAUUUCACAUCCAGUUGCACGGGGGCGCACAUCAUGUCGAAGCAAAACCAGGUCUUACAGGCCAAUUUCCCCGAAGAUGACUGGGAUGGCAAUCUGGGGUUCAAAAGCCCUCCACCCUUGAAACAAGAAAAAAAAUCACAUCAUGAAAAAAAAGUCGAAGAAAAACCACCAGAACCUUAUAAGAAAAAGGGCUUCGUGGACAGAUACGGGACAGCAGCUGCAAUGUUGUGGCCGUUUCGAUUCACGAAGAAGUACCAAUGUCCAAUGGACAAUGCUGGUCUAUUUUCGUCAUUGUGGUUUACAUGGCAAACCCCAUUGAUUGUACGGUCACGGAAAGAAGACUUGCAAGUGGAGAAUAUGUGGCCAAUUUCCGAGUUCGAUGCGGCUGAUGCUCAGAUAUCCAGAAUUGAGAGACUAUGGUAUGCGGAGGUAAAAGAUAAAGGAAUUGAACAGGCGUCUCUUGGAAAACAAAUGUUUGCGUUUGUGAAAACUAGAAUAUUCUGGGCCUGUGUUGUUCUUACCAUGGCAUUUUACUUUGGUCAUCUUGGAGAUGCGGUCAUGGUCAGUAUUAUUCUGAACUACGUUGAAUAUCAUGAGAAACAGUGGUAUUUAGGACUUACUUUUACAUUAUGUAUCAUGAUAACAGAACUCUUCCGCGGGACGUGUACCGGGUGGGCAUGGUUUCUGAACUUCAGGACGGGCGUAAGACUUCGAGGGGCAUGUCUCUUUUUGAUAUUCAAGAAGUUGACUCGCUUGCGGAAUCUUCAAGACCAGUCUAUUGGCCAGUUCGUGAAUCUAUGCGCCAAUGAUGGUCAGCGUAUUUUUGAUGCGUGUCAGUUUGGACCAUUCGUCGUAGCCGGACCGCUUCUCGGUAUUGGUGUCAUCGUAUUAGCAACUGUCUAUAUGGGGAUUUGGGGUUUCAUGGGAAGCCUUGUAUUCAUUAUAUUUUAUCCAGUUCAGGUGGGACUGUCGAAGAUGAUGGCAUACUACAGAAAAUGCGCUAUCGAUGUGACGGAUUUGCGAGUACGUAAAAUGAACGAGAUGAUAAUUUGCGUCAAACUGAUUAAAAUGUAUGCCUGGGAGCUGUCGUUUUCAAAGGCAAUUGCAUCCAUUCGAGAUAUGGAGAGAAAAUUCCUGACUAAGGCGGCGUUCAUCGCUAGUAUCAACCUAACCAUUAGUCCUUUAGUGUGUAUCAUAGCUGCAGUUGUUGCAAACACUGGAUAUAUAUUGACUGGAAAUGUAAUGGACUCCUCGAUGGCGUUUACCAUCGUUGCACUCUAUAAUGCUAUGAGAUACACUAUCUCAACUACACCAUUCGCCGUGAGGGGUCUAUCCGAGUGUUCUGUAACUGUAAUAAGAAUGAAGAUCAUUCUUGAAAUGACAGACUAUGUGCCAUGUCGGAAGAAGCCUAAAAACCCCAACAACGCGAUUGAGAUCAUAAACGGCACAUUUGCUUGGGAGAAACAAGAAGAAAUCACAGAUGACGAUGAAGUGAUAAAGGAAAGAGCUAAGCAUCGACAUGAAAGAACUGAAGAAGAGAUGUUCGAAGUCGUUCUUCGAAACAUAGAUUUCGUAUUACCCAAGGGCGCUCUGAUUGGUGUUUGCGGUGGCGUUGGAGUGGGUAAAACCUCUCUUGUAAGCUCAAUUAUCAACCAGAUGGAAUGUAUUCAUGGUUCCUUAGCAGUGGAUGGCAAUUUUGCUCUUGCCACUCAACAGGCCUGGAUUUUAAACGGCACUGUUAAAGACAAUAUUUUGUUUGGAAAACCCUACAAUAAGAAGAGAUACCAGACAGCGUUAGAGUCAUGUUGUUUAAAACCUGACUUGGCAAUCCUGCCAAAUGGUGAAGAAACUGAGAUUGGUGAAAGAGGUCUCAAUGUGAGUGGUGGCCAAAAACAACGUGUCAGUCUAGCAAGAGCUUUUUAUACAGAUCGAGAUAUUAUCUUAUUGGACGAUCCACUCAGUGCCGUAGAUGCCCAUGUCGGAAAACAUUUAUUUAAACAACUAAUUCGUGGAGCGCUUAGGGGAAAAACAAUUGUAUUUGUUACUCAUCAGCUGCAGUACCUCAGCCAGUGUGAUACAGUGCUGGUAAUGAAGGAUGGAGAAAUUGUUGAGCGUGGAAAACAUACCGAGCUGAUGGCAGCCAAGGGCGAGUACUCGGUGUUAAUCCAUACCCAUUACACAGACGAGGAAGAAGCACCACCAGAGGAAGAAUUUCCAACGCACAAACGUACGCCGAGCAACGCAUCACAAUCUAGUACUUCUAGCGGAGGUCGUAGGCGAACAGGAAGUCAUCACUCACAUGUACGCAGCCCAAGCAGUACACUGCGCGAAGAAGCUCCUGAAGUAUUCGGACUGUCACCUGACAACACUGAUGAUGGUGAUCUUGGGAUGGGAAUGGACGGAAAACUUACCCAGAGAGAAGAUAAAGGUUCUGGUGAUAUUGGGGGUAGUACAUACAAAAGGUAUGCCAAAUAUGGUGGCGGCUACUGUGCGAUGUUCUGGACCUUUAUGCUAUUCAUCUUUGUAAUUACUGUGCAGACUUUUAUCACCACUUGGCUAAGUAUAUGGCUGGAUGUUGGAUCUCGGGAAAACAAUGUCACCGAUCCAGACACAGGUGAAGUAACACUGUGUGACCAUCCAGCUUGUCAGGAAGAGGUAUAUGGAUUCGCAUAUGUGUACAAUGUCAGUGUUAUCUUCCUGUUUAUGAUUGCAUUUAUGAAGAGCUAUUCCUAUGUAACAGUAACGUUGAGAGCAUCAACCAACAUGCAUGAUGUGGUGUUCGUUAAAGUAUUUAAAAGUCCAAUGGAAUUUUUUGAUACAACUCCAUCAGGCCGAAUCAUCAAUAGGUUUUCUAAAGAUCUCGAUGAAGUGGAUGUCCGAGUACCGUUCAUGGCAGAGAACAUGAUACAGAAUCUUCUUGCAAUCACGUUUGCAUUGAUUGUAAUUGGUAUCGUCUUCCCGAUUUUCUUCCUGUGUCUCAUUCCGCUCGUAGUACUCUUCUUCGUCAUCUACAUUUACUUCCGUACUGCUGUACGAGAGCUGAAGAGACUCGAUAAUGUCACCCGUUCACCAUGGUUCUCCCAUAUUUCGGCGGCUGCUCUCGGUGUAUCUUCCAUUCACGCAUUUGAGAAAGAAAAAGACUUCAAUGACAAAUUUGAAGUAUUAAUGGACAACAACACGAUGCCCUUUCUCAUGUUCAAUGUUGGUAUGCGAUGGGCUGCAAUUCGACUUGACAUGUUAACCAUGGCCAUUACAGUUUUGACCGCAUUUUUUGUGUGUCUCACCCACGGAAAAAUGGACCCUGCAUAUGCUGGACUAGCAUUGUCAUUCGCUGUUCAGAACGCAGGUAUAUUCCAAAUCACAGUGCGUUUAAUGGCUGAAGUGGAGGCUAGAUUCACGUCUGCAGAACGAAUUAUACAGUACGUUGAUGAACUUUACGAAGAGCCGCCUGCAAUCAUCCCAGACAAAAGACCACCAGCUAGUUGGCCGAAGUUCGGUAAUGUGAAAUACAAUGAUUUCAAGAUGAGAUACAGGGAAAAUCUACCACUUGUUCUUCGAGGCGUUAAUCUAGAUUUCAAACCCCAAGAAAAAGUAGGAAUUGUGGGAAGGACAGGAUCUGGAAAAUCCUCACUAGGAGUGGCACUUUUCCGUUUAGUUGACCCAGUUGAUGGUAAUAUUGAAAUUGAUGGUAUCGACUGUCAUUCCAUCGGUCUAUUUGACUUGCGAUCGAAAUUAUCCAUCAUUCCACAGGAUCCCGUGCUCUUCAUCGGUACCGUCAGGUAUAAUCUGGAUCCCUUUGAAGUGUACACUGAUCAAUUAAUUUGGGAAGCAUUGGACAAAUGUUACAUGAAAAAGACUAUAAAGAAUUUGGAUGGGGGACUUGAUGCCGCUGUUGUUGAAAACGGAGAAAACUUCUCAGUGGGAGAAAGACAACUGAUGUGUAUGGCAAGAGCAUUGCUGCGAAACAGUAAGGUACUGAUGUUGGAUGAAGCUACUGCUGCCAUUGAUACUGAGACAGACAGUUUGAUCCAAACGACAAUUAGAGUGGCAUUCGAGGACUGCACCAUGUUAACAAUUGCCCAUAGACUGAAUACAGUGUUAACAUGUGAUAGAAUAUUGGUAAUGAGUGACGGAGAGGUGGCUGAAUUUGACACUCCCGCUGCACUGAUUGACAAGCCAAAUGGAGUAUUCUCAAGCAUGUUAAAGGCAGCAGAGAGUAGUAAGAAAAUGGUGAAAGCUUAAAAGAUUCAUGGGCGAAUGAUAUAACAAAUAAACAACAACAUGAAUCCAGAGUAUAGCAUGUUGCUCAUAAUUUUUCAAGCUGCAUGCUAUACUGUGUUGUAAACCGCUUAAUUUUCACUGCUAGGAAAUUUCAGGAUAUUAUUGCAUUUGAUAACAAAAUUUCACUAAAGUGACCAGCACUUUUUUGUCGUAUGAUGCCAGACAAAAAUUUCACUGGUAUAAAAAUUCACAAUCCCUGACUAGCGAAAUGUCUGAAUAAUUGUCUCUCGUGAAGUUAUGGCCAUUUACACUAAUUGCUAAGAUACGACAAACAAGAUCUUGGCACAAUUAUUUCAGGAUUUCACCCUCAAGUUAAUUUUGAACAAAAACAACAACUGCUGCUGCUUAUAUAUUUUUAUUAUUGUAUUGGGAUCAAUAGACAUGUGUGAGUCAUAGCAGGAGUGGACAAUGACGAAUUGUUUAACAUCUUUCGGAUGACCAUGGAUAAAAAUUAUACAAAUGCAUAAAUUGGCCAAAUUACAUUUUAACUAUGAAAAUUUUUCUUUUGUUAGUCCCUAUAUUUUAUAUUAUUUUGAAUUCCUCAUUUUGUUUGUAUGUCCAUGAACUGUACUAGCUGUCAUUGUUUUCUGACAAUAAGAAAUCAUAUGUAUUGAGUUUUAUUAGUGUUUUUUUUUAUUAUGAGAUGUGAAUUGAAAUAUGCAUAAUACAUGUUCGGUUGUAAAUGCAAUGCUUGGUUCAUGUGUACUUUAAUAGAGUUGCACUUCUAAUAGAGUAAAUACAGUAUCUACUUGUAUUCUAUGUAAUAUAUUUGUAAAUGUUUUUUCAAAUCUCAAAUUUGGAUUUUUGCCAUGCAGCUGUAUUCUUUUCAACUUCAAUUUGCUAUACUUACGAUGCUUCAAAAAGUAGUAAUUCGUUAUUUGUGGUGAAUAAAAUUGCAAUAUUUGGUACAUUGAUAUUUCAUAUAUUGUUAUCUAUCUUUAGAACAAUUGAAAUGUAAAUAUAAAUCCAAUACCGAUUACUGAUAUAAAUAUCUCUCACUGAAAACAAAAUAUUUUAAAAUUUGUAUUGUGUAUACGACUCAUUUAUAAAACUGAAACUGUAAUUAUAUAAGCAGUGAUCUAUUUUGACUUUGAUUUUUUUCCUUUAAAUAGUUGCCUUGUAGAAAACUUAAAAAUGUUAU